UUUAAGCAAUCCGUGUUAUGCAAAAAAGAAAAAACAAAUCAGUGGUUGGUGUGGUUUUUUUAUCGGCUCGUUUGGAUAGUGCUCCUCUAUAAGGAUUGUGAUUUAUUGUUUAUGGAUAUGGUAAGUGUUUAUUUAUUACUGUAGUAGAACGAACAGGUGAGUAACCGCAAUAUACCCCAAUACGGAUUUGAACAGAGAUGAAUCGAUAUUAUCUAAAACUAAAAAUUCUAGUAAAUAAAAAAUAUGAAAGGAAAUAAAAAAAGGAAUCUAAUUAAAACCAAGGCAAAAUAAAUUUAAAUAAAGUAUUUUAACGAAAAUAAAUAUCUGUAAUAUAUGUUAGCAAAGUGAAGUUAUUUAUGUAAAUAAUUUAAAAAUUCUUAAGUGUAAGUUGCACCCGCUUACUUUAACUGUUCAGUUAUAGUACUGGUUAGGUAAAAAAUGGGUGGCACCAUUUGCUUUAGUCAACAUGAGUUAUAAAUUUGACACUCACACACACACACACACACAAAGUGUAAGUUGCACCACAGUGCUGGUUAAAGUUUAAUAAUAUUAUAACUUUAACAGGCCUCGCUUGGAUAGUAAGUGUGGACAAUUAAAGUGACUCUCAAAUUAUGACCUAAUUUUGUCUAUCAUCAAAUGGUGCCACCCAUUCUUUACUUAACUUGUACUUUAACUGAACAGUUAAAGUUAGUUGAUGCAACUCACGCUUAUUAUCACAUCUAGGUACAGUUUGUGCACUUGAUUUUUUUAACUUUUUGUAUGAUUAAACAAUUGCUACUUACUAUUGAAUUAAUUUGAUCUGGAAAAACGGACGAUUUAUUUACGAUAUUGCAUUUACAUUCUUUUUUGAAGAUUUUGAUCCUUUAUAGGUGUUCACUAAACUGAAAUCUGAACUUAUUUUCUUUUUUCUGUUGAAAGUUUAAAGAAAAAGAGUAAAAGUUACUAAGGGAACUUUCCCAGAAAUUAUAUCCCAGGGCCUGGGAUAUAAUUUCUGGGAAUGUCUUUACAACCCUGCGGCUGUAAUCCUGUCCCUGUAGGAUGAGCACUAUAGUAUAGGUACAUUAUGUCACGUUUUUAUCGCGCCUAACUGUCAAGAAAACCUCAUAGUGAUUUGACGUUUGAUCGUGAUAAAAUCGAGAUAUAUAUCAUAUCACGAAACUCCGUGCGUGAAGUUGGUAAAGCUCUAAAUUAAAUGGAGAAAUAAAGUUCAAAUCAGACCGACAAAAUCAGCUUUUUCCGCAUUCUUUUGGAUACAUGAGUACUAUAUUUUUAAUAACAAUGAUCUACUUUUUACGAAACCUAUUGGUGCCAACCUAGUCAAUAAAACAUCUCACUCUUAAUUACGUCUAGCCAUCAUUAUUGAUUGAGUAACUGAUGAGAAAACAGACUACUAGUAGGACGUUGACUUAGUUUUAUUUUUAUCAUUGUUACGUACACACAGCGGCGGAUUCGCAUUCUCGCCAAAAAAACUAAGGCUGGUUAGACGACAGAGGGAACAAAGCCAGUGGUGACGACUGGGAACAAUCGAAACCGGAAAUAACUUCGAUCAUUUCAUAGAAUAUCAAAAAUGAGGGCACUGUUCUUGAUCAUAUCGUCGAUAACAUUAGUGAAAUGCCACCCCCCACACCCUGCAGUGGUGGCGGUGCGGCAAGAGGAAGAAAGGUUACCGCCAUAUUUGCGCAGUCAAGCUCUCCACAAUCCACAUCUACAACAGAUUCUGCCACUGACAAGCCUCCUGCACGACGGGGAAAAUUUGGUGUACGAACGUGAAAGCGACAACGUGCCUCGUCAAGAGAUCUACAACAUACUGACACACGCAGGCUUCCUCCCCCGCCGGCCUGGACACUACAAGCUCACGCAGUACCGGAUGCACCGGCAUCGCCCCUCCGCUCACCACCAGAACGACCUUAUCAACGAUAACUAUUUAGAUUUCUUUAGCGAUCCUGAAUGUUUCUGGGCAGCACUGGUAUUUCUUUCGUGGUAUGGUGCAGUGGUGCUGAUUGUCGCAUCAUGGGAAGCUUCCGUAACCCACCCCAUUAGCUUCGGCGUGGAGACCACUUACAUAGAUUGGAACACCAAACUGCCAGCCUUAGCAGUAUGCGAAACAAAGAAUGACGACAGGAUAUAUGAAUUUGCUGAUAAGUAUUGGCCACCAGAUCAUAGUUAUGAUAUCGAGGACGCGUUAAAAGAAAUAGUUUUCUUCAGAGGAACUUGCAAUGCGUUGAUAAACAAUUGUUAUUAUUCAACAUCACCUGAUCCCAGCUGUCCCGUAUCCAAUUACAGUUAUUACACGAGAUUUGUGCGCAAGACAUGUCCAGAACUUCUACAGCAGUGCAACUAUAAUGAUAUGCCCUACAACUGCUGCAAGUAUUUCCGAAGUAUUGAGACGGACUUUGGACCAUGUUUCAUCAUGGGUACUAUUCAAACCAACCGACAUAUGACAGUGAGACAAAUUGAAAAUGAUCCAUUGACAGAGCACACAACAAUCGCACAGAGGGGAUGUCGGUUCUACACCGAAAAUGAUAAGGAAAACUAUUACCCCUUUUACUCAUAUAGCGCAUGCAUAGUGCAGUGCCGGAAGAAAGCACAAAUGGAUAUUUGCCAAUGCAAUGACCACCUUAUGCCAGGCGUAGUAUUGCUUCAUGUGCCCGGAGUAUCAGGUGCGCCUCAUCAACAACCACCGGUUGCAGUGACCGUGCAGUUGCAGCCGCCGAUAUCUCAUGCAAUGCCACUGAGGGAUUUGCUGCAUGCGCCGUAG